UUAAUAAAGCAAGUAUUACCAGAAACUUUCUGUGUAAACAGAGAGAUAAAGAAUGAUAACGAUAACGUUGAUUUAGGUAGGUACGUGCGUUUGUGCUAGUCAUAACAUUUUAUAUCUGAACGAUAAUGUUGAAACUAAAAUCGGACGUGUUAGAACAAUUAAAAUGCACGCGUUGCGAGGGAUAUUUAGACGUUGCUCCAGUUAUGAUUACGCCAGAAAAGUGCCAAAUAUGUGGAAAGUGUUAUAAAAUACUGCCAUUAGAGGAAAGGAAAGCUUGCGUCCGACAAGUGGCUUAUGAAACUGUUGCCGAGAUGCUGCUUUUUCCUUGCCGUUAUCAUGUUUACGGUUGCGAAUGUCAGUUUGCUUUUAACCAAGGUAUUUCUCAUGAAACUGAAUGCUUAUUUCGUUUUGAUGCUUCAAAGUUGGCAGAAAUCACGGAGGAGAUUUACGAAGAAGUCUUACUUUAUGAGCCAGUGGGCUCUGCGAGUGGUAGAGAUCUUGCGCCUUCUGAGUCAAAAUUAAACUCUCCAAUAAAUUUUACAAUUCUGGAUACCUCUCAGAACGUUGCCGUUGAAAGUACUUAUAUUUUAAAGGAGAACGGCCUAAGUAACUAUCCGGCGAUAAUUAAAUAUAAUACGUGUAUUUUUGGUAACGAAAGUAAAGGAUCAGCUUUACUUCUAACAACUGCCAAAUUUAAUCAUUACAUAAGGAAUCCUAUAAAAAUUUGUGUAGAUGGGGCAAUUUCAUCGACUACUUUCCGGAGUGUGUACUGUAAUGUCACAAUAUGCUCUGUGGACACCGGAACAUUUAACAGUGAAGGAGAAUUUAGUAAAAUGAAAUCAUUUCGUGAUCUUCCAAAAUGUGUCAAAUGCUACGAAGUAGUUAAGAAGGAAGUUUAUUAUUGUACAUAUGGCCACGACGUUUGUAGCGGCUGCAAAGGCGCAAAUUGCAUACUCUGCACCAGUCCGAUUAAUCUAGUGCCAAGAUACCAUUGCGAAAACUUCUCCAAAGGCUGCUCGGAGUAUUUAGUGCACAGCGAACUUUACUUACACUCUAAGAACUGUGAAUUCAACUCCUUCCAGUGCCCGAUUGACGAUAAAUGCGGUCAAUGCAACACUCUGCUUACUCUGAAACAACAUUUGAGAAACUACCACAAAAUUGACCAAAACAAUACGACAACGCGUACUUCGUCCACUAAUGACGAAACAUGGAUCAUGAUGGAAUACGAUAACAUGUUUAAGUGUACAUUCUUUUACUACGAGCACCAAGUGGAAAUAAUUGUGGAACUGAUAGGGCCGCAAAAUCUCGCAGAACAAUUUAAGUACGAGGUCAUGGUGCAAUCCAAGCAAAAUAGAAAAAUCGUAAAAACAGCGAAGUGUGCGAAGUGGCAGAAUUCUACGUUAGAAGAAUGUGUUUCAUUUACUAUAAAGGAUAUGCAGCAAGUCAAACUUAUUAUAGAAAAAUUUAUGUACACUCUAACCAUUCACGAAGGCAACAAAUAACAAAAUGACGGAAAAAUGUGUUAUUCGCGUUUGUUUUCCAUCGUGAUAUCGAGUAUUCUUAAUGUUUCUUUAGAUUUUAGGAGGAAAAGUUAGUUUUUGCGUAUUUACGCAGCGUGCAGUUGUAGCAAAUUUUCGAUUAAAUCUUCGAAACAAAUUCUUCCAUUCUCUGCGACCUGCGUCAUUUAGAUGUUUCAAGUGCUUUAUUAGGAGGUAGCCGAAAAUAUCCGCAGAUCCAGUGGCGGGGGUUAUUUUGGUAGAAAUGCCACAAUAAAAAUUAACUUCUGCAGUAGCCACACGGUACCCAUUCAAAGCUCAUUCAACUUUUGAAAUAAACACCUUCAAAAUAAAACAAUGCAAAAGAAAUAUCACAGUAAAGAGGUUUCAAAUUUUAUCUAGGCAUGCUCUCGUAAAAGUUUGGGACUGAUCUCCAAUAACUAUUAGACAAAAAAAUCGGCAUUCAUUUAGCAACCUUCCAAAGGAAGCGUAAGUAACCUUCCAAAGGGGGCGAAAGAUGACCUUUAGACGUACAAAAUUAAUUUGACACUCCGAUUGGGAUAGAAGGUGUCGUUAUAGAUGCCAUUCAGAAGUGUUAAGA